AUGCUGCCCCCUUGUCAUCGCCACUGCUGUAGACGUUGGAGACUUUCGCCGGCGAUAGCCUCUUCCGCAACUCCAUCUUUUCCCCCGCUGCUGGCUCGCCGUCACCGGUUCGUUGCCACCCCGCCACUGUCUCCUUACACAUUGCACUUACGGCAUGUACAAAUCUCCAGAUCUGGACCCAUCAUCAAUGGAGGCGGCGUCGUAGGCAAUGUCCAAAUCAAACUGCCGACAACGUCUCCAUCGCCGGUGCCAUCGGACUUCAUUGUUGGCGACAAAUUCUCCACCCAUUCUCUUCUCGCGGCGAGAAUAACCCCGAGAAAUUGA